ACGAGGAGUGAAAAAUUGGGAAAAUUGGGCAGAUUUUGCAAAAAGUGUGACUCUUUGGGGACUGCGAACGGAUUUGUAGUGCUAAAGUGGCGCGGUGUAGUAAAAAGUGUGGGGGGAAAAGUGAUAAAUGUGUUUCCGCCCAGAUCGCGGAGCCUUCCAGUAUCGGUGAAAUAGCGUCAUCCACGGGGCCUCAGCUGUUUCCCGCCACCAGAAAUCUUCUGAAAGUCUUCGCGAUUUCACGCUGUUCGGUGUGAGGUGCAGUUUUUGGUGGAGAAAAAGCCAUCUUUCUGUGAAUUAUUGGGUAUUUUGGCCCUGUGAGUUUGUUUUUACUGUUCACCUGUGCUUAGAGGACACGGAAUUGCGUAUUGCAGAGCAAUUUCACGCGACUACACAUCGAGAGAAACCUUUUCCGACCCCGGGCAAAAGGAGAAGAGACAUCUUCAGUGUUUCGCGGCGUGUGUUUGUGCAAAAUGUCAAUUGUGGGUAGCAAGAGUGAAGAAUUUGUUGUGGUGGAGACAGUGCAGAAGCUGGACGAGAAGUUUAUAAUUACACAAGAGGACGGCGGCGGUGGCGGUGGUCAUCAUAACACAACAACCACGAUGAUUGAUAAUGAUAAGAAAAUGCGACGCCAAAUUGCGAAUAGCAAUGAGAGACGUCGAAUGCAGAGCAUCAACGCUGGAUUCCAGAGCUUGAGGCUACUCCUGCCGCAUCACGAGGGAGAAAAAUUGAGCAAGGCUGCAAUUCUCCAACAGACGGCAGAGUUUGUCUACAAUCUGGAACAGGACAAGAGUCGUCUCAUGUCUAAUGUGUCCUACCUGAGGGAGUUGCUAAUCAAGAACAACAUCAACCCGGAUUUGCCGAGUGUGAGUGUGUCCAGUACAGUCACAACUUCCGCCACGACGUCCACUGUGUCGGGAAAGAAGCGCAAGUUGGACAAUGUGAUGACAAUGCAGACCAUCUCGGACUCAUCGGAUGAGGGGCUGGGUUCCAUGUCACCGGAGCCCCUCACCUUUGUCACAGUCAUGACGAAACCCAGUGGGGCGAUCACAACAACGACAUCGGCGUCCGCCGCAACGACAAACAGCAUUCUGGCCAAGGAGGUGGUCGAGCUGAAGCACCAGCUGGAGAUCGAGCGGCGCCAAAGAAUGAUGCUGGAGGAUCAGAUGAGACAGUUGGAGUGCCAGGUGUACCCCGAGCGACUGGGUCGCGAGGAGCGCAUCUAUCAGCAUCAGGAGGUGAUUGAGCACACGGACAACCUCCGCAUGGACGAGACGGAGCUCCUGGGCGGGCCAGAGGAGGGUGUAGAGGUGAUGGAAGAGGAGGAGGAAGAGGAAUCCCUGCUGCCCAGUGACUCCAUGACGAAGGUCUCCCUGUCGCAAUUGACUGAGCUGCACCAGUCGCACGAGCUGCCGGAUGUGCAAGUGGUGUCGCUGGACAGUUUGCCGACCACUGGGCAGAAUGUGGUUGUGUGUUCCCCUGUGCAUGAGAUAAACAUCGAGGAGUCUCGCGUGGUGUCGCCCAGUCCGGUGGUGGUGGAGUGCAAGAACGAAGUGGAGAAGGUGGAAAUUACCACGAAGCAGCGACUGCAGCCCAUUCUCGAGGCCGUGAUCAAGGCUGAGCCCAAAGUAGAGGUUGAGCGCAUCAGCAAUUCACCCGUGAGUCUCACCGUGGUGAAAUCUGAGGAUGCCACAUCGUCGUCUGCGGCGCAGUCACGGAUGUACCUCACGUCCACGUCGCGGCAGAACCUUGAGACGAUCGUGGAGGCGAUCAGGCACCUCGAGGGCGAUCACUUGUUCGGCGAGACGACUCAGGAGCAACCCACCCAGGAGGCACCGCUCGCUCUCACCACGCACAACAAGCAGCCCGGCCAUCUGCAGCCUCAUCACGCGCACACCCGCAAGAUUCACGUUGACGUGAAUCCAUUCCUCCACUUCCGGUCGGCCGGCGCGGCCACGGCGCAGCACCUGCAGCAGCAGUGCAGGCCGGGUGUGAUCGUGGUGAAGCAAAACUCCUGAUCUGGAGGCGUAACAAGUGGGCGCAGGAGUGGGCUUGGACAGGGAUUGGCGGCGGUCAGCGGUGAUGGUAUCGUGUGUGUCGUGGACAAGUUUUGAUGCUGAGAGAGGGAGGGAAAGAGAGAGAGAAAGCAGAUGAGAUAUGUGACUAAAUAAUUUUUAAGGUGAAUAACUUCUUUUAGAUUUACACUGAUAACUACUAUCUUAUUUUAGAUAAAAUGUAACGAUUAAUGCAACAAGAUUACACAUUCGCAUGUGUUUUUAGUCAUUACCGUAGAGUCAGAUCGUACACAGAAAAUGCCCCCUAAAUUGUAGGGUGAAAAACAAAGGACUUUUAUCAUAAAACUACAUUCAAUGUACCAUCGCAAAGCAACAACAAACAGGAAUUGUGGUGAUUGGAGCAUGUCUUUAGAUUGCGAGCUAACUUAUGAAAUCCUAUUUUCCUGCUAGUUUUUAACUGUAUGUAAUCCAAAAGUGCCAAAGUCACUUCACUAAAUCUUGCAUUCUCUUCUAACGAUUUAUUUAUAAGUUCCUUCUGAUAUUACUACAUUUAGUUUACCUUUUGUAGUCUUGUAAAUUCCGUUUAUAUACUAGUCUUUCUAUUCUAAAUCCUGAGGUUGCAAACGCCAUCUAAAAAGACAUUGAAAAUCACCAAAAUCCCUCCUAAGUUAAAUAAUAUGACAUUUUCCUUUCUGUUAUUUGUGAAUAUUUGAAAAAAGAAAAAAAAAAUCUAUAUGACCGUCUCAAAAUGUAUUCUUAGGUGCAGAAAAGAAGAGCAUUGAAAUUCCCGGAAACUAUUGCUAUAACAAAGAUGAAAUUAAACUCAAUUUAAUGACAAAUUCGUGUCUAGAUAGAUAAAUUUUUGUAUUGACGAGAGAAAAAAUGAUAAAAUUAAGGGAAGAAGUACAAGUAAAUCAAUUUAUUAAUUAAAUUGGCGUGUUCUCGCCUUAAAAGAGAAUUUUUAGGCAAAUAUUUCUUUGUUCCAAACAAGAUUUCAAAAAAGGAAGAGAAUUUCAAAUGUACAAAAUUGUGUGAAAAACACUUGAUUGAUCUUUCGGAGAGGAACAUUCCAAAAAAUUAAUCUACAAAUUUCAAAGUACACUCAAUGGGGACUUUUAAAAUAAAUGUUAACACUAAUCUUACCAAAAUUAAGAAGAAUUACAAAUUGUGGAUGAAUAGGAAGUGUGUGGUGCUGUUUCAGUUUCGUGAAUUGAGAUAUUUUCGGUUUUUAUGACAAAUUAGCAAAAUUGAUAAACGAAAAAAUGAUAAUCCUAAAACGAUGGGAAGCAAUAAGUCCGGGAAGAAAAUCUGACGGUCAGUUUGUGAGCGAAUAAAAUCAUACUUGAGCAUUGAAUACAUAUUUUAUAAAGAAAAAUUGAUUGAAAUCAACUAGAUAAUUUGUUUAGUAAGAACAUUUUUGGCGCCAUGAAUUUUGGAUCUCUUAAAUUAUUAAAUUAAUUAUAAUGAAUCUCCAGAUAAAAUGUAGUAAAGUGAGGGUAUGAGUUGUGUUUAUUCAACGUUACAAUAACUAUUAUACUUUGAAGAAAACGAUAUGAACAAUAAUUUACUUUACAAAUUAAAUAAUGUACAAAUGUUAAAUGGAAACAAAGUGAAAUAUUUCAAACCUGAUAAUUAACAUUUAAUGCAGACGAGAAUUAAUUCUCUAGUAAUAUAAACUUUUUUUUAAUGUAUCCUUUUAAUUAAAAGAACAAAUGUAAGAAUGAUGGAACAUCUUCUUUUCCCAGCUGUUAACCUUUCCUUCGAUUCUGUGUCAAACAAAUUGAAUUCGAUUGCAUUCGAAUUUAAGAUGAAUUUCUUAUUUCAUUUCUUUUGUCACAAGAGAACAAAUUUCAGAGGAGAAAAAUGAGCAUGCAACAUAUGAAAAACGAUGAAGAUAGAAAGCAAAAUUCGAUUUAAUAAUUUCUAUGAAAUUUUUCCAAUUAUUUUACAUUAAAAGUGUUUUAUUUUUGCUAAAAGUCUGGCAGUGGAAUUUGUUUUGUAUCCAAUAGCAAGAGUUUUACGAAAAAGUUGUGAAGAAAUGAAGAGAAAUUUGCAAAAAACAAGAACAUCUGCAGAAAAAGUAUCAUAAAUAAUCGAGACUUACCUGUGUUUAUAUCAUAAUGAUAUGGGAGAAAAGUAAAUAAUUUGUUUGACAUUUUUCCUUACUUUCACUCUUGAAACCCACAAAAUGUUCCACUUUGUAUAUUUUACAAUUUACAGAAACAGAAGAAAACCACCUUAAAGACAGUAAACUGAACACAGAACCUAUGUUUAGAGAAUGAUUGAAACUGAUUUACAAAAUCCGUUUCUGGAUUUCUUACACAUGCAAAUCAAGUACAGUAAAAAAGGUUCUAUUGCAUAUAUUUAAAAUUUUGUUCCUUCUUUAAUUGUAAAUAUUGAUAAAUGAGAAGAAAAAAAAAACAUUUUAAUAAAGAAAAUUAAGUAAUUCACCUAAAAUAAUGAAAUAAUUUUUUGAAUUAAUAGAUGUAACUUCACUGAAAGGAAAAGAUUAUUAAAAGAUUAAGGACUUUUGAUAUAUAACUAUUAAAAAUAUAUAGUAAUAAUGAAAAUCUAUUUAUAAUUAUUGCUAAAAUAGUAAUAUACUUUUUUGCAUAUUAUUACAUAAUAAUUAAGAAAAAAGCAAGAGAAAAUACUAAAAAAAAAAAAUGAGGAAAUUAGCCAAUACUGAAUAGAAUAAAUGCAGUGAUUGUAGUCCAUAAAGUAAAAAAAAGGAGAGAUAUGAAAGGAAGAGAGAUAACAAAUCAGUAAGAAUAUAUUUAAUAACAAACAAAAGAGAGUCUAUACAAAGGAAAUUGGAAAUUUAGAUAAAUUGACAAAUUUUUCGAAAUCGAAUGUAUCCAAAGAAAUGUGAAAGAAAAGCAAAUAUUUCAGAGCAAAAAAAGAUUAUUAAUUUAUAGUACAAUUAGGAAAGAAUACAAUUCAACGUGUUGACAAGAGAUGUAAAUGGAGAAUUUCCAAUUUUCUUCACCCCUCGAGUAAAAUAUUAAGCUUUCUGCUUUAUCUUGCGCUUUGUUGUUUAUUUGAAGAUGUGAAAAAAAGAUAGUUUGAUCCUUUUCUUUUCAAAAUCAUCCCCUUUUGUUGAGACCUAUUCGAAUCCAGCAUAUUUAUUGACCUUUUGUGAUUUACAAAAUGUAAUAAUUUUAUUUUAAGUUGAAAGCUAUAUAAAUUUACGUUUUAUUGCUAUGAAUUAUUUUUAUAAGAAUGAGAAUAUAUUGGAAAGGAAGAGAAACAUGACGAAAUGGUAAAUGAACAAAGUGUUUAAGGUAUACGCAUAUUAAUUUUAAAAAUUAAUAUCUGUUUAAUUUCUUAUUAUUAUUCCACUAUUUUUGGGACAGAAA